GAGCUGCUCUGACAAAAACAAGGGCUGGGACUCCGGUGAGAGGAGCAGUGUGUCUGAUGCACAUUCAGCACAGGCUCUUCAUCCAUUUUUGACAUUUUAUAUAUAUAUUUUUUUUAAUUUUUAAUUUUUUUUUUUUCAAGAGAAAGCGACAUUAGCGCACCAUGUCGGUUAAUUCAGCCCGUCAGCUCUGCAAAAUCGUUCUCUCCUUGCACGUUGUUUUCUUCUGCGUGGCGACGGUGGAAAGCAGUGCAUCAAAUGGAAGUCCAAAAGACUGCAUAAGAUCCAAUGGUGUGGAGUACAGAGGGGAACAAGAGAGCUCCUCUUCAGGCCUGAGCUGUCUGAACUGGACCAACUCUUCUAGAGACUAUGAUGUUAAAACCCAUCCCGAUUCACAGACAGGUGUCGGAGAUCACAAUUACUGCAGAAACCCAGAUUCCUCUGAGAGGCCUUGGUGCUACAUUGCUGGCCCAGAUGGGAUGGUCCAGAGACAGUUCUGUGCAAUUGACACUUGCAAAGAACAAGCCUCUACUGUGCCAUCAGAGGCAGAAUCCCUCGACCCACCAGGAACCACUCCCUCCACAGAGAGCUUUCAGCCAGCCAAGUCAGGAGCUUCUCAGGGAGAAGUUGCUGCAGUGCAGCCGGUGAUGGGAAUCAGCCAACGAGUGCGCACAGGACCAAAAAAGAAAAAGGACCUUGGCACACUCGGCUUCGUCCUUGGCAUUCUCAUGAUGUCGAUUAUAAUCAUUCUUGGAGUAGGCAUCACAUUUGGCUACUUCUACAAGAGGGGUCGUGACUUGAAGAAGCAGCAUGAGCAGCGAGUGUAUGAGCGUGAGAUGCAGAGGAUCACCCUGCCCCUGUCAGCUUUCUCUAACCCCACCUGUGAGCUCGUGGAUGAGAACACCAUUGAAAUCACUGCAGACCAUGAGACGACCCCAGUCCAGGAGGGCAUGGAGGGUGGGGACCCCCUCAUGGGCCAACAAGCUGUUACCCCUGGAGCAUGAGUAGGCGUGUAGUCCUUAAACAGGACUCUGAUAUUGUGGACCAAAACACUCCCAUCUCCCUGUUUCUCCUUUUCGCCUCCCUGAGUGACCUCUGUUUUUUAAAAAGGAGAAGGGGAGCAGUGCUCAUUCCAAAGACUUGAACUGAAUGCUGUGUCCUUUGUGUCCCAUCUCCGUUGGGUUUUAUGCAUCUGAGGCACGAAAAAAAGGUGUGCUGACACACAGUGGGUGCAGUCUUAACAACUAGAAACCAUUAAGGUGAAUCUGUUGUUAGUGAAAAAAUUUCACAAGGUUUUUAAUAUUCACAUUUGAUUCAUUUGAUGGCCAACAAAAUAAGGUCACGGGCUGCCCCCUUAAAUAGCAGUAUGGCUAUCUAGUAUAAUAUCUAGUCAAAUGGACGCUGUCGAAUAAGUGUUUAUAAUGGUGUCCGAUGAGACCAAUUCAUUGUAAAGAGAUGGUGUUUGGGGAAUUUUCAUAACUUUUUGUUUAUUAGAAUCUUUCCAUGUAGAGAAGGUGCUCUUAACAGGAGUUGUGGUUACAUGAUGAAUACAUGGAUGAUUUCCAUUAAUACUGACUCACUGGCUGUGCCGAGGGAGACGUGGACAAAAAAAUGUCUAAAGACUAGUUUGUCUUGGAGACGCACUGGUGACACGGAUGUGAGUGUCUAAAAAUAGUCAUCCUCCUCUGAGAUAGGAUGAGGGAAUGUGAAGUAAAACAGGCCCAUUAACGACAAGGGAAGGCCUCCAACUCAGAAAUUGCCUUAGCGUUACACUUCUGAAUGUAUUUAUCUUUUCCCAGAUUAUGUUUUUUUUUUUCCUCUUUGUACUUGACUGACAUGUGGUUACAAAGCAUGAUAAUGGUCAUUGGCAGACAUGAAAGAGGACUUGCCCUUUUCUUCCACAGGUUAAGGAGUGACAGGAAAUACACUGAGUGCUCUCAGGAAGCAUGAGAGACAGUAGUUAGUCCUCAGGACAAAAUAGCACUGCCACAACACAGAACAGAUGGGAUUAGGAAAAAAAAAAUCUGAAAUCUUGCCUCUGCAAAGCAAGACAACGUGUGUGUGUUGAAGUGCUUAAGAAGCCUGGUGCCUAGAUUAGAUUCAGACAUUUGAGUUAUGCACUUGAUGCUUCAGGGUAGAGACAGGAGUGGAGUAGAAUAGAAACAGUCCAAAGUUUGGUGGUGUUCAUUCAAAAACAUGAAUGCAUGUACAUGGUUACCUGCUGUAUGUUUGUAUUCAGGGGCCACUUUUUGCAUCUUAAUAAGUAGAACUACUCAUUGAAGAAGACAUUUAGAAAAUACCUGCCUGAAAACAGAAAUCAUCGUACAAAGGAGAUUUUAGUUUGUUGAUGCACAUGAUGCUUCCAAGUAUAUUGCCAGUUUGAUUAUUAAUCAUCACUCCUGAUGAUCUUGUUUUGUGAUUAUUGCUGGAUCCACAUCACUGGUAAUCUUUGGUUACUGCUGCUCCAUUAUUUUAAGUAUCUGUUUGCUGGCUGUGGUUAUUUUCUUCGUCAUAUAAGCGAUGUGUUCACAAUACUGUUGUUCAGCGUUUGAAUUUAGUACUUGUAUUUGUAUGAAUGCAGAUUUUCACUGCUGAGACUGAAAUAAAACAUCAAACACA